AUGAGCACACCACCAAUAGAAUCAUCUACAGGUGAAAGUGGUUCAACACUGGAAACUACAAUAUCCACAACAGGUACCUCUCCAUCUUCACCGUCUUCUACAACAGAAAGUACAUCAGAAUUUACUUCAUCUUCAACAGAAAUAUCUUCAGCUACAGUAGAACAAACAACAAGCCAGCAGACACAAACCUCUCCAGAUACUUCUAGCACAGAAACUGAACCUACAACGACAGUUUACUCGACAUUUACAACAGCAAUGUCCCCUAUGAGCACAACCACUUUAGAAUCAUCUACAGGUGAAAGUGGUUCAACACUGGAAACUACAAUAUCCACAACAGGUACCUCUCCAUCUUCACCGUCUUCUACAACAGAAAGUACAUCAGAACUGACUUCAUCUACAACAGAAAUAUCUUCAGCUAGUGUAGGACAAUCAACAAGCCAGCUGACACAAACCUCUACAGACACUUCUAGCACAGACACUGAAUCCACAACGACAGUUUACUCAACAUUUACAACAGCAAUGUCCCCUAUGAGCACAACCACUUUAGAAUCAUCUACAGGUGAAAGUGGUUCAACACUGGAAACUACAAUAUCCACAACAGGUACCUCUCCAUCUUCACCAUCUUCUACAACAGAAAGUACAUCAGAACUGACUUCAUCUACAACAGAAAUAUCUUCAGCUAGUGUAGGACAAUCAACAAGCCAGCAGACACAAACCUCUACAGAUACUUCCAGCACAGAAACUGAAUUUACAACGACAGUUUACUCAACAUUUACAACAUCUAUGUCCCCUAUGAGCACAACCACUUUAGAAUCAUCUACAGGUGAAAGGUACCUCUCCAUCUUCACCAUCUUCUACAACAGAAAGUACAUCAGAACUGACUUCGUCUACAACAGAAAUAUCUUCAGCUAG